GGACAGAACUCAACAACAGAUCUGAGCGCCUCAGAUAUCUAGCAUCCAAACUACAGACUUACUUUAACUUUUUGUUAGUUCUUGGCAGAAUGCACUGCAAAAUCUUUUUAGUCUCUGUUAUUGUUUUUCUGGGAUUCCUGACCAUUGGUGAAGGAAUGAGUCUUAGAGGUCUGGGAGUAGAUCCACGCUGUCGCUGCAUUGAAACAGAGAGUAGACGCAUUGGGAAACUCAUAGAAAGUGUGGAGCUCUUCCCUCCAAGCCCACACUGUAAAGACACAGAGAUCAUAGCCACCCUGAAGGGAUCCGGAAAAGAGAUCUGUCUGGACCCAAAAGCACCCUGGGUUAAGAAGGUCAUUGAGAAGAUCAUUGCCAACAAAGCACCAUGAAUGUUUGGAUCGUCUGUGAAGAUGAGCCUGAUGAAAUGUAUGAUGCUGCUACACCUGUAGCGAUGGCCACAGUCUGACUGUUUGGUUUUGUUUGCUUAAUAUUGCGUGUUGUCCAAAUAUGUAUUAUAUUUAUAUUUAUGUAUUUAUUUAUCAUAUCUUUUUUUAAAUAAACAUUUUUUUAUACAAA